AUGGUCGGCCUCAGCCCGCAAAUCACCAACCUGGUCAUCAUCCUCGGGGUGAUGCAAAUCUCCAAAAAGAUCCCCUUCGAGGACCCUUUCGUACUCAAUGCGUGCCGCGCGGCCUACAUACUCAGCAACCUGAUCAUAUUGGGCAUUUAUCUCUACAUGAAGACUGUGGUCGACAAGAAGAAGGACUUGACUACGCUCAAAUAUGUCGAGCCGGCGCCCAUGGGCUCCUCCGAAGAGGGCAAGCUCGUGACGACGACGGUCCACGCCUACGACGUCGGCCAGCUCAAGAACUUGAUGCGCUCGCAGCUGAUGGGAGUGGGCAUGAUGGGCGUCAUGCACAUCUACUUCGGGUACACCAACCCCCUCGUCAUUCAGAGCAUCAUCCCUCUCAAGGGCGCCUUCGAGUCCAACAUGACCAAGAUCCACCUCUUUGGCCAGCCAGCUGUUGGCGACCUCAAGAGACCCUUCAAGCAGCCAGCGGGCUUCAUGAGCGGCCUCCAGAGCGGCCCCGCGCAGAGUGAUAAGAAGACUGUUGAGGCGGCGGAGCGCGCUGGCCACGGGGGUGUUAAGGAAGAGUAG